CACUCAGUCGAUCUUAAUUGCAUCUUAAUUGUCCGUUUCCCACCAUCUACAUAGCAACAGUCGGUGCACACGCAGAGAUUGCCACAUUAGAGCGCCCACCCCGGGGUAGGUACCCGCUGACCCGUGUUUAAAGUGCUUGUCACGCACGGAAUGUCGUCCAGCCACUGAUGACACCGACGUCGUACUGUCCCUGUCCCGUUCGGUGCGUCACGCUCUGACGCUUCUUCACAUUGUCAACGUCCCUUUUUUGUGGAUCGUCGGAAGGCCGCCAAAUUGUGUCAGAAUUGCCAGAGAAUCGAGCGUUCUUUCGCCUGAAUAUCCACCCUGUUAUAUUGGACGGGGAUUCGGUGACCUGCGAACUCCGACCGAUUCCUGAAACUCGCGCAUAGAUCUUGGGGACACCGGCGCAUUCAGUUGGGUUGUCGGACUAGUGUUUUUCCUACGGUGUACCACCUGUUUAAACCAGCAAGGACAACGUGGUAUCGCCACUUCAAAUACCCUCAGAAGGGAGGGAAUAUAUUCGAAAUAGUGUGGAGUGUGGUGGCACAUUAGAAGAAAGACGGGUGCGGUUCUUGGCGUGGCGAUAUGAAGACAACAUUACCUGAGGGCGCUUUGCUUUGAUCCGACUAUUAAUGUUUUGAGUCAUCCGGCCUUCUGUUGCGUGAGAGAAAACUGCAGCUAUUAUUGUGAGUACUCAGAACUAAUUUGGCUGAACAUUGCCUCACAUAACCUUCCUGUGAGAGGCCAAGUCGCGCUCACGCUUUGAAGAGGGCUUUGCUGGCAAUAAUUGGACGAUCCGAGUCAAUCGUUGGACGAUAGCAGUGCCCACCCCCCACAGCAGUUACAUUUGUCGCCCAAGGAACGAGUAGCAACAGCAGUACAGGAUUUGUCUACAGAAUCAACGCAGUCAAGUUGUUCAUCUUGCAUCGAAGGUUUAUGCCUGCUCCUAGACAACAACGUUACGAAGAUCAUCCAACAGGUGUAUUUAAGCUAGCCUUCAUAAUCAAAUUCUACUGAUUCUUUGAAGUGUAAUUUGGAUUAGAGGAUUUUGUGGCUCAGAUGUGUUCAGGCUACAAAACAGGGGUUUAUCGUAUCUGUAAUCAAUUGAUUCAAAUCUGAAGUGACCUUCAGUAAAAUUACAGUAAUUUCAGAGCUGAAAUAUAGUCAUUGCGUUUCUACCAAGACAAGACAAUUGUUUGAACCGCGCUGUAUUCAAUUGUGUAUUAUUAUCUGAGGUCGGAAACAUUGUUGUCGUUUCGUUCGCCGUUGGAAGAUUCUUUUGAAUAGCAUACAUAACGUGAUUUUCAUUCAUAUAUCAAGUUAUAUUAGCUGUGUCGGACAUCUUGAACAAUUGAGGGCGUUUUCGACAAGUGUCACAAUCAGUUUACAGUGAUUAUAUUUGUAUUGAUAGGAUCUUUAUUUAUUCUUCAUGAUGAGUCGCAAAAACAAGACUGAACUGGGGCCUCCAGUCGGUAGGCAGUUUCCCUUCUUUAUGAACGAUGAACAAGUCGAGACCGAACUUACCGUCUUACAAAGGGAACGAGAGAAACUGAUGAAGAAGAAAAAGGUUCUUGAGUUAAGACAUGAGAUAGCGAGGCUUAAGAUGGAAGCCGACUCGUCUCAGCCGCCUCCACCACCUCAACUACACCGGACACAGUCACAGGGACAGAGGAGAGCGUCCCGCAGACGCAGUUCAGAGUCCAAGCGCCAGGGGGAGCCAAACACGGAGGUUUACAACAAGAACCCUUCCCCGGACAUAGAGAGGUCCAACAGGGAACCCAAGACUCCUCCCAGGACUACCCCUGACGUCACACCCGAGUUCAAGAACCCACCAGGUACACCUGUUCAGCGACAGGAUUCCAGGACGUCUAAGUCAAGUAGCUCAAGUCGAACAGAACCUCCUGCUACUGAUCGUGAUGCACCUGUGUUCAGGAACCCGCCACCUUUUGACCUGGUCGGCAUGGACACCAUGCGCGGGGCACCACCGGAAAUGACCCCGGAAGUGUUCCCUCCCGAAGGGUCAAGGUCAAGGGGAUCCCAGGAAAUCGUGAUGUCACCAGAGACCAGUACCCAUUCUAAAGAAAAGGAGGAAUUCCUGAAAAGGAGGAAAGAGAAAAAGGAAGGUUCCUCGUCCCGUCAUGGCUCGGUGCGAUCCACGGCGUCCUCUGUGAGACGGUUCAGCGACCUGGCCCACCAACCUAGGACGGGGACGGUGACAUCUGUAAGGUCCAGCAAGGACGUGAGGGGGAUCCCGUCUUUUGAAUCACCUUCAGUGGAGACCAGAGGCGGGUACGCAGAGCCGGUCGCCCCUCCUCGUCAUAGAAGAGAGUCUGAUCCCACUAGUCCAAAAUCACCCGGCCAAACAGCACUUUUCGACUUCAGCCAACCAUCCGGGUCCGUACGCUCCAGGACCGGACCGCCUCCUGGGUCACCCCCUCCCCCACCACCACCUCCUCCUCAUCCCUCUGCACUCCCUGCCCCCAUGGCAAGUAUUGCGCGAAGGAAAGGUUCUGAGCCUGUCGAGAGAAACCACGCGGUAGUUCCGGACUACAGACGGAACCCCCCGCAAAGCCCAGAAGGUGCGGUCAGUCUGGCAGAGUUUAUAAAACAAUCUGGUGUAAAACAUCAACACAAAUAGCUGAAUUGUAACUGUCAAACUCGUGUCAUUAACACAGUGUUAAGGUUUCUACCUCAGAUGCUCCUUGAGAGGUAUUUCUAGGUAUAUCGAAGCUGUCAAAUUCUCGUAAUAUAUUACUGGUUGAUCUUUUUAUCGCGUGAACUCAUUAAUCGUCUGAAUCCCUUUUAUUUCAUUACCAUGGUAUCCAAACUGCCGUUGUGUUUUGUUAUCAUGAUAGAGUUAUGUAGUUAAGAUUAUAACUUUUGAGGUAUUUAUGUAUACACUUUGUACUUAUUAAUAUUUUGUUGAUAUUUUAGUUGUUUUAAUAACUUUUCUUGAGUUGGAAGAACGACUUAGUUUUAAACGAACCAGGAAGUACUUCUGAGGAUGUGCAUAGAGAAAAUCUUCCGAAAAACGUUCCCAACAAAGCAGAGCUAGAGAACAACAGCAAAUAUAACAUGAACUAAGGUGAAUAAGGUAUUAACUGGCUCCGCCCCUGAGGUGUCACCAAAAAUACAUUGAAAACAGAUUACGCCGAUAUUUUACCACCACUCACAAUCAUUUCUGGUUCAUCCCUAACUCUGCAAGAUGAACCAAAUGAAGACAAAUUGUUGUACAACUAUGUUUAUUAAAAAAUUAUAUGUAA